AUGGGGGAGUGUGACCCUGGAAACCAAGCUAUCAUGGUCCUUUUAUCACCAAGGGGUGCAAGUCUGGUGUGUCUGCUGCAGAACCGGCGCAAAUUGGCUGGUCUGCGCACUGAACCAAAAGUGACUACAACAUUGAAAACAUCUACACGACCGCCUACAACCACACGUCCAGCAUUCAGUACGACCAGAACACCAGCAUUCAGUACGACCAGAACACCAGCAUUCAGUACGACCAGAACACCAGCAUUCAGUACGACCAGAACACCAGCAUUCAAUACGACCAGAACACCAGCAUUCAAUACGACCAGAACACCAGCAUUCAGUACGACCAGAACACCAGCAUUCAGUACGACCAGAACACCAGCAUUCAAUACGACCAGAACACCAACAUUCAAUACGACCAGAACACCAGCAUUCAGUACGACCAGAACACCAGCUUUCAGUACGACCAGAACACCAGCAUUCAGUACGACCAGAACACCAGCAUUCAGUACGACCAAAUCGGUAUUCAUAUCUUCCACCACAACCAAUACGUCCAAAAGUGCAUCAUUUACAACGACUGCUGUUCCAUUAAGUACGUCCACUGUCAUAACAUUAACUAGUAAUACAACUACGAAGCCAGCAAAUGUAACAAUAAUUACGUCAUCUACAGCUUCAAGCAUUACCUUUACAAACACAACUAAUUCUUCCAUAUCCACAAGUACAAUAAUUACUAUUAAUAACGCAACUACAUCCACUAAUACGUCCGCUUUCACAACUACAUCUAUUAAUACGUCUGCUGUCACGACUACAUCAACUAAUACAAGCACAGUUACAUCUAACAGUACAUCUACUAGCGGUACUACAUCAACCAACACGUCUACAGCCACAGCUACAUCUAUCAGUAAUACAUCUAGUUCAAUAUCUUCUAGUACAAUUACAUCUAUUAGUGCAUUGUCUACUAACACAACGUCAGCUAUUACAACUACACCUACAAGUUCAACUAUAUCUAGCACACCUACUAGCACUACUACUAGCAUAACUACAUCUACUAGUGCAACUACAUCUACUAGUACAUCAACCACUACAUCUACAUCAACGACCAUAAGUACACCUUCUACAACAGUCACAUCUACUAGCACUACUUCUAGCACAACUACCUCUACUAGCACUACUACUAGCACAACUACCUCUACUAGCACAACUACAUCUAGCACUGCUACUACUACUAGCUCAACUACAUCUACUAGCACUACUACUUCUAGCACAUCUACUAGCACCACUACAUCUACUAGCACUAAUACUUCUAGCACAUCUACUAGCGCCACUACAUCUACUAGCACUACUACUUCUAGCACAUCUACUAGCACCACUACUUCUAGCACAUCUACUAGCACUAUUACUUCUAGCACAUCUACUAGCACCACUACUUCUAGCACAUCUACUAGCACUACUACUUCUAGCACAUCUACUAGCACCACUACUUCUAGCACAUCUACUAGCACUACUACUUCUAGCACAUCUACUAGCACCACUACAUCUAGUAGCACUACUACUUCUAGCACAUCUACUAGCACCACUACUUCUAACACAUCUACUAGCACUACCACUUCUAGCACAUCUACUAGCACUACUACUUCUAGCACAUCUACUAGCACCACUACAUCUACUAGCACUACUACUUCUAGCACAUCUACUAGCACCACUACUUCUAGCACAUCUACUAGCACUACUACUUCUAGCACAUCUACUAGCACCACUACAUCUACUAGCACUACUACUUCUAGCACAUCUACUAGCACCACUACUUCUAGCACAUCUACUAGCACUACUACUUCUAGCACAUCUAAAAACAACAGACAAAGCCCCACUCCACAAAGGGGGCAGGAAAGCAACAGCAAAGAACUACAGACCGAUAGCACUAACAUCCCAUAUCAUAAAAAUCUUUGAAAGGGUCCUAAGAAGCAAGAUCACCACCCAUCUAGAAACCCAUCAGUUACACAACCCAGGGCAACAUGGGUUUAGAACAGGUCGCUCCUGUCUGUCUCAACUACUGGAUCACUACGACAAGGUCCUAAAUGCACUAGAAGACAAAAAGAAUGCAGAUGUAAUAUAUACAGACUUUGCAAAAGCCUUCGACAAGUGUGACCAUGGCGUAAUAGCGCACAAAAUGCGCGCUAAAGGAAUAACAGGAAAAGUCGGUCGAUGGAUCUAUAA